GUCUGAUUAGUGAUGAAUCAUCAAUUUUGUUUCAAAGCUAAACUAAAACUAAAACCCUACUCUGAAAUCUGAAUUGUAAAAACUCAGACAAACAAACAUGGCUUCUUUCCCUCCUCCUGGUUCACUCACUCUCUGCGAACUCAAUCGCGAGUUAAUCACCGUCGACGCUCUCUCCGACGAUCGAGCCAACCAAACCUACGGAAAGCUUCUCGGAUUGGUGUUCAGCCCCGUUCCAUUUCAGCCACCACCACCGCCUCUCGAGACCGACGACAUUUCCGAACAGAAAACAACUGAAACAACAACCGCUACCGCCUCUGAACGCCUUCCGAGAAAAGAACCUGUUGCAAUCUUUCAAGGCGUUGUAAGGGAUUUUCUCAGACGCCUCCUUUACCCUAAUGAUGUUCGUUUGUUGCCUGAGGUUAAUCUUCAGGGAGUUAGUUGGCACCUUAAUAAGCAUAUUAUUGCUUUUAUAUCUGGGCCCGAACAGGUUUUAGUUCACGACUAUGAAGAUUCAGAUGGGAAGGAUUCGAUUAUUUUAACCAACGAGUCUCAGAGAGAUGUUAAUGUGUUAGAGUGGAGGCCUAAUGGUGGGAGGAUGCUUGCUGUUGGUAGCAAGAGUGGAAUUUGCUUGUGGUCUGCUUCAUAUCCUGGAAAUGCCGCAUCUGCUAGAUCUGGCACUAUUUCCUUUGUAGGAAGUUUAUCUAGAGGCUCUGGAAUUCGGUAUCUCCUAGUCGAUUUUCUUCGUAGUCAAAAUGAUGAACAUGUUAGCGCCCUUACAUGGAGUCCGGAUGGAAGAUACCUAGCUUCUGCUUCAUAUGAAAGGUCUUCAUUCACUGUGUGGGAUGUUGCUCAAGGUGUGGGGACACCCAUUCGACGAGGAUUAGGAGGCAUAUCAAUGCUAAAGUGGUCACCCACUGGAGAUUAUUUCUUUGCUUCAAAAUUUGACGGAACAUUUUAUCUUUGGGAGACAAACACAUGGACAUCAGAACAAUGGUCAUCAUCUAGUGGUUUUGUCAAGUGUGCAACAUGGGAUCCAGAUGGGCGUAUGAUACUGCUUGCAUUUUCCAAAUCAUCAACUUUGGGAUCUGUUCACUUUGCAUCGAAACCUCCCUCAUUAGAUGCACAUCUGUUACCUGUUGACUUGCCAGAGAUAUUAUCAUUGACAGGCAGUCAGGGAAUUGAAAAAAUAGCAUGGGAUAGUUCAGGAGAGCGAUUGGCUGUGUCUUUUAAAGGUGGAGAUGAUGUAUAUGGUGGUCUGAUCGCUGUAUAUGAUACAAGAAGGACUCCUCUGAUAUCUACUUCAUUAAUUGGAUUUAUAAGAGGGCCUGGAGACAGUCCAAAGCCAAUCUCAUUUUCAUUUCACGGGAAGUUUAAGCAAGGACCAUUACUCUCUGUUUGUUGGAGCAGUGGAUUUUGUUGCACUUACCCACUCUUAUUCCGUUCUCAUAUGCUUCCGUAAGGAGAAUAUCUGCGGAUUUUUGCUGGUUGGGCACAAUUUGGUGCUAGCUAACUUUGAUGAUGUUAGCAUGAGUUGCUUGUUUUGAAAUUAUUUUUUGGGGUAAAAUUGAUUUAUCUUAUGUGUAUUUAAAUUUUGGCCUUGUAUUGAUGUAUUUGUUUGGAAACCAGGACAAGUAAGCCGAUUAAAAAAAAAGGUCAUGCGUGAUUAAAAAAAUGAAACACCCUCUUCAUUACUUGACUGGAAA